AGCAGCUUUCAGUGAGGAACAAAAGCACGUCGUACUUUGGAGUGCACGGGCACAGCACGCCAGGCUCGGCGCGUGCUUUUCUACUCCGCGCGCUUGAGUGACAGGCCGACGACAGUGGUCUAGAAAUAUGCAUGAAUGAGGCUUUUUGCCGGUUACGGUGUUGCUUUUUUGUGUGAGCGUGUGUGUGUGAGGGAGAGAUAGAGUGUGUGUGUGAAGGUUCGGGGGGAGGGGGGUGGGUGGUAUAUCAAAGACGAUACGUCACCGCGAUCUGUGCGGAUUGGCUGGAUUUUGCUCCUUUCUGCUCAGAUUUUGCGAGCGCGAGCUGGAGGACAGCAGGAUCAUCCCGGCAGCUCGGCGGCAGGCUGAAUCCUGAGGGGUCUCCUCUCCCAUGCAAGAGGAAUGACUGCAACAUAGAGGCGGCGGAGAGGUGGAGAUUGGCCAUCGCCUCGCUCGUCUGCGUCUCUCUUUUCUCUUUUGGAGGGACUACGCUGCCACAAAAGCGGACUAAAUGAGCGCGAGGACCUCCUCAGACAGACUGGCCCUCGCCGUGCCGCCCUGCGGCUCCAACGGGACUGCAUGGCCGGAGGGCGCGUGUAUGGCGCGCGUGGAGCAGCUCUUCCAGGCGCUCUCCUCCACCGUGGUGCUCUUCGUGCUGGUGGCGAUGAUCGCCGCGGUCAUCUCCGUGUCCCUCACCACCUUCCACUUCCACAAGAGCAAGAUGAAGAAGCGCAAGAUGCAGCGCGCGCAGGAGGAGUACGAGCGCGACAACUGCAGCCCCAGAGCGGCCAAGGGGAAGCCGGCGCUCAGGCAGUGCGUCGUGGAGAGACCUGGGGGGCCGAAACGGGCCAAGGGCGAGACCGUCACCCCCGUCCCGAAGGAGGAACCCGCGGAGAGCACGAGACACGCGGCGCAGACGCACGACGACAGCUUGCUUCAAGCCGUGGCCGUGUCCUGAUGAGCGCGGACGCACAGGCGAAAACGCUCUGGCUGACACUGUAAAUACGUGCCAUGUAUAAUAACUAUAUUACACACAGCGGGGGUCGGCAGGGGUUGGGGUGGGGGGAGUGAGACAGAUUCAUCUGCACGCAUGAACACUGAAGGAGAAGAAGGAGAAGAAGAAGAAGAAGUCUUCUUCUACAGCUUCAGGAGAAGCCCUGCGGGGGAGGGAGGGGGAAUAAAUAAUAAAAUAAUGGACGCAUCCUUCAAGCGAAAUCGAUUUGUAGUGGUCAACAAGGUUGUAUCACUAUCUGCGCGGACUGGAUUGAUUUUCUUCUUCCAUCCAUGCGAACGAACUCUGCUAAGAACGAGGACGAGCCUAAUUGUGAGGGGCUUCAUUCCGUUGGCUGGAUCACCAACGGCUGAUGGACGAGCUCUGGACUAGCUGUGAUAGAUGACUGCGAGUAGGAGAUGAUGUAUAUUUACUCCCUGAAGUCAGGUAUAGGGCCGCUGGAAUGUAAAGCGAGAGCGUCUUGUAAAUCUCGUACAGCAGCUUGGACGCUGUCCACUACUUUAGUGCUGAAAUAAGGACUAACUCACAUUAACCGCUCUUCUUCAUGUAGGAUUCUCCCCCGUCUUUUAUAGCGUUUACCAGUAGUCUUCUGUUUUUAAAAAGGAGAAAAAAAGAAAUCCUGUGUGUCCGUAUUAGGUUAAAUCCUUAUUAAGUUCACAUCCAGUAAAUUAUAAGAUAUAAAAGUUUCUCCCUUGUAACUGAAAGCUUUGCCAGGAGGAGGGCUGGAAGGAUAUUCUCGCCUUUGUGCCCCGGCGUGAGUAAGCGUGCUAGUUUAACCCCCUUAAGCCCCCUAACCCCUUUUUCCCACAGACUGUUAACGUGAGAUUACAGUUACUAGCAGCUACUAGUGGUAGUUUAGCCUAUUUAGUAUAUUCUUGCUUUGGUGCCAUAUAUA